AGCAGCAACAGCAGCAGCAACAGCAGCAGCAGCAGCAGCAACAGCAGCAACAGCAACAACAGCAGCAACAGCAACAGCAACAACAACAGCAACAGCAACAGCAACAACAACAGCAACAGCAACAGCGGCAACAGCAACCAGCCAGCAACGGCGACAACAACGGCAACCAGCCAACCAACAGCAACAGCAACAGCAAGCAACGAAGCAACGAGCAGCGACGGCAGCAACAGCAACCGACGGCAGACAACGGCGACAACAGACAGCACAACAGCAGCAACCGGCAACGAAGCAACAACCGGCAAGCAACAGCAACCAGCAACCAACAACGACCAACAAAGCAGCAACAACAACGGCAACAACAACCAGCAACCGGCAGCAACCCGAAGCGAGCGGCGAAGCGGCGACGACGACGGCGACGACCGGCAACGGCGGCCGCCAGCAACCGACGACAGCGAGCGACGGCAGCGGCAACCGGCGGCAACCAACCCGACGACAACGACAGCGACGGCGGCGACGGCAACCGACGGCAACGGCGACGACGACGGCGACGACGAAGCAACCGAGCGACGACGACAACGGCGACGACGACGACGACGACGACGACGACGACGACGACGACGACCGGCAACUGACGGCAACCCGACGACAACCGACGACGACGACGGCGACGACGACGACGACGACGACAACGACGACGAGCAAGCCAGACGACGGCCGACGAAGCAACCGACGACGACGACUGACAACGACAACCAACCGACGACGACGACGACGACGACGACGACGACGACCGACGACGACAACCGACGACCGGCAAACAACGACAAACAAAACGACAGCAACCAACAGCAACGGCAACGACAACAGCAGCAAGCAACCAACCAACAGCAACCAGCAGCAACAACACAACAACCGGCAACAGCGAAAAACGGCAGCAACAGCAACCAGCAACGGCAACAGCAGCAACCAGCAGCAACCCAGCAACAGCAACAACCGGCAGCAGCAAAACCAGCAGCAGCAACCAGCAGCAACCAACAGCAACGGCAACCGCAACGGCAACUGACAACAGCAACCAGCAACGACAGCAGCAACCAGCAGCAACGGCAACAACAGCACAACAGCAACACAACCGACGGCAACGGCAACGACGGCGACGACAACAACCAGCAAGCAACCGAGCCGACGGCGACGACGGCAACGGCAGACGGCGACGACGACAACCAGCAACAAGAGCAACCGGCAAACCGGCAGCGGCAACGACGACAACAACGACAGCAACGGCAACAACCGGCAAACAACGACGACGGCAGCAACGACGACGACCGGCGACGAAGCGGCGAAGCAAGCAAACUGACGGCGACGGCAACAGACAGCGACAACGGCGAAGCGAAACGACAACAAGCAACCAAACGACCGACGACGACCGGCCAACGGCGGCAAACGACGACCGGCGGCAACAGCGGCAACGACGGCAACCGGCGACGGCUGACAACGGCAGCGGCAGCAACCGGGCGGCAACAACAACCAACCCGCAACCCGGCAACCGGCGACAACCAACAACCGAACCGAAGCGGCAACGACAACGACGAAAACGGCGGCAACAACCCAACGACGACGACAACGACAACGGCGACGCCAACAACCAACCGGCAGCAACGACGAACAGCAACCAGCAAGCAACGGCGGCAACGAGCAACCAGCAACGACAACGGCAACAACCGGCAACCGGCAACGACGGCAACCAGCAACGACAACAACAACAACAACAACAACAACCAGCGGCAACGGCAACAACCGGCGAAGCACAACAACAACGAACAACCAACCAACGACAACAAGGCGAGGCUGACCGACAGCAACGGCGACGACAAACGACGGCAACCGGCGGCGGCGGCAAUGACGGCAACGCAACGCAACGGCAAUGACGACAACCGGCAACAACUGGCGGCGGCAACGGCGGCAACCGGCGACAACGGCAACAACCGGCAACGGCAACAACAACAACAACAGCAGCGACGGCAACCGGCGACAACCGGCAGCAGCGGCGACGACGGCGGCAGCGAGCAACCGACGAGCGGCAACGGCCGGCAGCAGCGACCGGCAACUGACGGCAGCGACAGCGACGGCAGCGACAACGGCAGCGACUCGGCAACCGGCAACGGCAACCGACGGCGACGACGAGCGGCGACGGCAGCGACGAGCAACGGCAGCGGCAGCAACCGACGACGACGAGCAGCAGCGACGACGACGGCGGCGGCGACGACGACGACGACGGCCGGCGACGGCAAGCGACUGACGACAGCAACGGCGGCAGGCAGCAAUGACGAGCGGCGACGACGGCGGCGAGCGGCGACGACGGCAACGACGACACGACGACGGCAACGACGGCAACGACGGCGAGCGACGACGACGACGGCAACAGCAAACGAAACCCGACGACUGACGACGACGACGACGGCGGCAACGGCGACAAAACGGCAACCGGCAAGCAACGACGACGACGACAAUGACAACAACAACAGCGACAACGACAACGGCAAGCAACGACAACCCGGCAACCGGCAACGACGGCAACAACAGCAAGCAGCAACCGAAAAACGACAACAAGCGCAACAGCAACAACAACGGCAACACCAACAACAGCAGCAACAGCAGCAGCAACAACAACCACAACAACAACAGCAACAACAACAACAACAACAACAACAGCAACAACAACAACAACAGCAACAGCAACAACAACAGCAACAACAACAGCAACAA